AUGGCAUCCAGCAGUGUGGACCGGCAGUCCAUGCAGCCAUACCGAGAUGACCCUAUCGAGAUGAAGAGCUCUGCGAAAGUGACUGAGCCCACUUCGCCAGGAUCCGACAACGACAUCCAUCAGCAUGGCUACAGCGACAUCUGGAACGACACGUCCAACGACGUGCGGGAUAUGCAGCGGUUGGGAAAGCAGCAAGAGUUUAAACGAAACUUCCACACGCUCUCCGCCCUCGGUUUCGUGUCGGUGUACAUGGCAACAUGGGAGUUCGUGCUGGUAUCGCUGUCGAUCGGGUUCACGAACGGUGGCUUUGCCGGCCUCUUCUGGUGUUUCAUUACGACCGUCUGCUGCUAUGCCACGAUCGUCGCAAGCCUGGCUGAAAUGGAGUCCAUGGCCCCGACCUCAGGUGGUCAAUACCACUGGGUCUCCGAGUUCUCUCCUCCUGAAUACCAGAAGAUUUUCUCCUACGCCUCAGGCUGGAUGAGCACGCUGGGCUGGCUUGCCUCCGUCGCUAGCAGUGUAUACGUCUGCGCCACGCAGAUCCAGGCCAUCAUCAACGUGACCAGACCCGACUAUGCCUUCACCAACUGGCAAAUCACUCUGAUCAUGCUCGCUCUCACGGCCGUCACAAUCGGCUUCAAUACCUGGGGCACGCCGUUCUUCCCGCAGCUCGAGAUCGGGAGUUUGAUCGGACAUAUUGCUGGCUUCUUCGUGGUGCUCAUACCUUUGUGGGCAUUGUGCGAGAAGAAUACUGCCAGCGAGGUGUUCACCAGCUUCACGGACCAGUCUGGGUUCAACAAUAUGGGAGCGGCAUAUCUGACCUGCCAGGUUUACGUGAUGUACUGCAAUCUUGGCUCCGACAGUGUGGUGCAUAUUUCCGAAGAGGUCGGCAAUGCCUCGCUUGUUGUUCCACGAGCGAUGUGGUGGUCAUAUGUUGGCAAUGUCCUGGCAGGAAUCGUGAUGCUGAUCACCAUGCUAUUCUGCAUUGGGCCUUUGGAUCCCGUUGUACGUCCCCACGAGGCCCAAUUGCAGAUGUCGACUGACUUAAUGGUGUCGCAGAUCAAAUCUGGCGUCCCAUAUCUGCUGCUCUUCGACAGGACCGGCUCAAAAGGCCUCUCCUUGGCGCUGAACAUUAUUCUCUUCCUGCUCAUCUAUCUAGGCAACAUUACGGCCUUAGCAACUGCGGCACGCGAAAUGUUCGCAUUCGCCAGAGACAGAGGGUUGCCAUUUUCAAAAUGGGUUGGGAAGAUGAACCGCAAAUGGAGCAUCCCCUUCAACGCGGUGUACACCGUUUCUGUGAUCUGUGGUAUCUUAUGCCUCGUCCAGCUCGGGUCGACCAUCGCUUUCAACAUCAUCGUCUCGCUGUCGGUCCUUGGGCUGCUGUCGACAUACAUGAUCUCGAUCGGCUGCGUCCUACUACGACGUAUCAAAGGCCAGCCACUUCCGCACGCACGAUGGAGUCUCGGACGGUAUGGAAUUUACAUUAACGCUUUCGGAUUUCUGUACUCGGCUUUCAUCGUCGUCAUGGCGUGCUUUCCAACAUUCCUACCAGUGGAUUUGGCCAGCGCGAAUUGGGCUCCCUUGGUCUGGGUCGGCGUCAUGAUCUUAUCGGGUGUUGUGUAUUUGGUGCAUGGCAAGUGGCAUUACACUCCUCCUGUGGAAUUUGUCGAAGGUCGGAAAUUGGAAGGCGUUGGCUUGCAGACAUCAUGA